ACAUAACAGCUGGGAGCCAGAGGAGAACAUCCUGGACCCGAGGCUGCUCCUGGCCUUCCAGAAGAAGGAACACGAGAAGGAGGUACAGAACCGGAAGAGAGGCAAGAGGCCAAGAGGCCGGCCGAGGAAGCUCACAGCAAUGUCUUCCUGUGGCCGGCGCUCCAAGCUCAAGGAACCCGACGCUCCCUCCAAAUCCAAAUCCAGCAGUUCCUCUUCUUCCUCCACAUCUUCCUCCUCUUCCUCAGAUGAAGAGGAUGACAGCGACCUAGAUGCCAAGAGGGGUCCCCGGGGCCGAGAGACCCACCCCGUGCCGCAGAAGAAGGCCCAGAUCUUGGUGGCCAAGCCCGAGCUGAAGGAUCCCAUCCGGAAGAAGCGGGGCCGCAAGCCCCUGCCCCCAGAACAGAAGGCGGCCCGGAGACCUGUGAGCCUGGCCAGGGUGCUGAAGACCGCCCGGAAGGACCUGGGCGCCCCAGCUGGCAAGCUGCCCCCUCCACUCAGUGCCCCUGUAGCAGGCCUGGCAGCCCUGAAGGCCCACACGAAGGAGGCCUGCAGUGGCCCCGGCACCAUGGCCACUCCGGAGAACCUGGCCAGCCUGAUGAAGGGCAUGGCCAGCAGCCCCAGCCGGGGUAGCAUCAGCUGGCAGAGCUCCAUCGUGCACUACAUGAACCGGAUGACCCAGAGCCAGACCCAGGCCGCCAGCAGGUUGGCGCUCAAGGCCCAGGCCACCAAUAAGUGCGGCCUUGGGCUGGACCUGAAGGUGAGGACGCAGAAAGGGGAGCUGGGGGUGAGCACCCCAGGAAGCAAAGUCCCCAAGGCCCCUGGCAGUGGGGCCGUGGAGCAGAAAGGAGGGAGCACCGGGGGCCCCCUACAUGCCCAUGGAGGCAGCAGGGUCCCCACCGGGUGCCCUGGCCCCCAGCCAGCAUCCACCCAGGAGCUGAGCCUUCAGGUCUUGGACUUACAGAGCAUCAAGAAUGGCAUGCCUGGGGUGGGCAUGCUUGCCCGCCAUGCCAUGGCCACCAAGGGGGUUCCAGCCACUGGGAAGGGUGCUGGGGGUGGCCCCACAGGGGUCAGUGGGGCCGGUGUGCCCACUGACACCAGCAAAAGUGAGAAGCUGGCCUCCAGGGCGGCAGCUCUGCCCCCUCCUGUGAGCAAGAGGGACUGUGCCAAGGGCAAUGCUGCCCCCAGCGGGCAGGAGGGCCGCACAGCCCCUGGAGAAGUCCGCAAGGCGACCGUGCUGCCAGAGAUGAGCGCAGGCGAGGAGAGCAGCAGCUCCGACUCAGACCCCGACUCGGCCCCACCACCGGGCACCGGGCAGAACCCAUCUGUGUCUGUUCAGACCAGCCAGGACUGGAAACCCACCCGCAGCCUCAUCGAGCACGUCUUUGUCACUGACGUCACUGCCAACCUCAUUACUGUCACAGUGAAGGAGUCGCCCACCAGUGUGGGCUUCUUCAACCUGAGACAUUAUUGA